AUGUGGCUGCAAGGACUUGUGGUGUGCGUGUGCGCAGUGACAGCCACAGCGGAUCAAUCAUGGCGUAUAGUUGGUACCGAUCAAGGCCCCGUCAAGGGGUACAGAGCGCCUGAAGGCCAUUUCGUAUUUUACGGGAUACCGUACGCUACAACACCCAUCGGUCCUAAUAAGUUUAAGCCACCACUUCCCCCUCCGUCUUGGGAUGAACCCUUCGAAGCAAUUCAGAAGUACGUAAUUUGUCCACAAAAGAUUCGGGAUCGCGAUACCGUGGGCGUCGUUUUGAAUCCUCAAGAAGAUUGUCUCAUUACGAACAUUUACAUACCUGAUACUGAAGAAACAAACUUGCCGGUCGUUGUUUAUUUCCACGGCGGGUCAUAUCAAUAUGGUUAUGGUAAUGUAAGGACAGCAAUAAAUAUGUUAAAUAGUAAGAAAAUUAUUAUAGUUAAUUUUAACUAUCGCAUCGGCGCUCAUGGAUUACUUUGUCUUGGAACCGAAGAUGUACCUGGUAAUGCUGGUAUGAAAGACCAAAUUGCAUUGUUACGAUGGGUACAAAGGAAUAUUGCUAGUUUUGGUGGUAAUCCAGAUGAUGUCACAUUGAAUGGAUGGAGUGCGGGAUCUUCAGCUGUCGAUCUUGUCAUGAUCUCUAAACUUGCGAGAGGAUUAUUUCAUAAAGUAAUCCCAGAAAGUGGUUCUAACACCGCCUCGUUUAGUGUACAGGUCGAUCCAAUUGCUAAUGCCAAGAUGAUUGCAAAAGAGCUAAACUUUGAUGACGUUCAUAAUAUAACUGCUUUAGAAGAUUUUUAUAAAAGUAUUCCAUUUGAAGAGCUAUACUCUGUUGAUGUUGGAAAUCAACCUAAUUCUGCCACAGUAUUUGCUCCAUGUAUCGAACGUUAUUUAGGUCAGGACAUGUUCCUCGACGAUUAUCCAGCAAAUAUAUUAAAAAGUGGUAACUAUCCUAAGGUACCGAUGCUUUAUGGGGUCACUGAAAUGGAAGGUAUAUUUCGUUUAACGAAUUUCGACAAGUGGAAGACAAUGAUGAAUGAUAACUUUGCGGAUUUUCUUCCGGAAGAUUUGGGUUUUGAAAGAGAAGAAGAAAAGGAAUACGUUGUACAAAAAAUUAAGCAUUUCUAUUUUGGCGAUGAACCAGUAAGCGAACGAAAUGUUUUACAGUAUGUACAAUAUUUUACUGACGCGAUGUUUGCGUAUGGAACGGCAAAAGCUGUUAAAUUACAAGUCGAAGCUGGAAAUAAUCAAAUAUACUUGUAUGAAUACGGAUAUGCUGAUGAGAAUAGUGAUUAUAUUAUACACACAAACACACGCGGUGCGACCCACGUUGCGCAAACGAAUGCAAUCAUGGAUUUAAAGGAUGAACACUUGCUAUCAGACGCAUACAAAAAAGUGAAAGUGCUUGUAAGAGACUUGUGGCUUAAUUUUAUUACGACUGGGAAACCUGUUCCAGAAGGUUCUUCACACACACCAUGGCCUCCUGUAGGCGAGAAUAGAACUCCCUUCAUGUUCAUAGAUAGAAACCUAACAUUGAAAAAGCAUUUUAUACAAGAUCGUGCUCUCUUCUGGGACGAAAUUUAUGAAAAAUACUACAGAGUGCCUGUUCCACCAUUCCCUUACUAUUAACAUUGACAUCCGUGACGCUUGGUGUUCUGACUUUUUUAUAACAUAAAAUAUUUUAGUUAUUUUUUACAAUUUUUUAUCGAAAGUUCAACAAAGAUUUAUAGGAUAA